AUGUCGACUACUGUAUUCAAUAAAAUUUUGGACUUUAUGAAAGAUGGACCAGUAAAGCAUAUUACAGCAGGGUCGGUAAUUUAUAAAGGCACAGAAGAAGACCAAACAAUAUCAAAAGAUGAGCUCUUAAAGUUGACGAUUAACGCAAUUCGGUCCAUGAAAAAUAUUGCUGGUGAAGAUUCUGAACGCUUUAGAAAGAUUUCCAAUAUUCCUUUAGAGCCUACAAGUACAAGUUAUGACUUCGAACGUAGUGAAGGGCGUUUCGUCUCUGUGGAGUUAUAUUUAGAUAAGUUAUCGUCCUUGUGGCGGCCGAACAAGGAUGGCAACUUUAUGAUAUUCGAAUGUGCCUAUGAAACUGUCUGUAGCCUACGUGAUAUCAAGGCGUUGAAUACGGGUGAACAAAUUCUCCUUGAUGACGAUACGAUAAAGAAAAAUAUAAGAUAUUUACAAGGGAGGCUUUCGGGCGAUUCAUCUCCCCUUUCUGUAGAACUUUAUCAAAACGUGAAAAACAUUUCCAUUACAAACCUAACCUGGAAAGAUCCUCUAGCCAGUCGAGUCAUAAGUGAUGAUUCAAUCGUAGUAGAAAAGUUGUCACCUAAACAGCAUCAAAAUUUUAUGAAACCAGCACGUAAUAUGGUCGUCACACUCCCAGACUCGAUCCAAGAUAAAUGCCAUGAGUUCGUAUCAGGGUUUUCAGAAGAAUAUACUGACGACUUAUGUAUAAAACUUACGCAUAAUGGGAAAUGGAAAGAGUCGGAUGAAACCCUUAUAGGAGUUACACAGGAUAUUCUUGAUGUAGUGGCCGAUGUUUGGAUGAAUCCAGCAUUUGGACCGGAACUUAUGAAAACACAAAGUGAGGGAACGUAUGUAACAGAUGUAAUAAUCCCUUCGAUUCGGGCAUCGUUGAAAGGGCUACCAUAUAGGCAAUCUGCAUUUAUCAGCACUGCGGAGCGACAAAGCAUUGCCAGCGCGGAUAGGAAAGGGGAUGGAUAUUUUGGAAAACGGCCAGAUUUCAUGUAUUUACAAAAACGGGAAGGUAAGAUAUUUGAGCUUGUAUUUGGCGAAUGCUCACGUUUAUUAUGUAGCGAUACCAAGAAAAGGGAAGACGAAAUAAAAUUAUGGAGGGAAACAAACGAUGGUAUGUUUUGGAUACGACAAGGCUGUAAACCGGAAAAAGAUCAAUUUGGGAUUGUGGGAAUUCAGGUAGCAGGGACCGAGAUCCAGUUGAAUGUACUCAUUAGGGAUAACCUUGAUACACAUCGAUAUUAUCAUCUGAAAAAAACACAAAUUCCCAUACAGUGGUCCGAACAAGCCUUAUCAACUUUACCUGAAUUUGUUGAGUUAUUGCUGAAUUUACGGAAUAUCCUGAUCGUUAAUUUAUCUCUGUUAAUGCAAGUACCCACAAGUAAGACACAUCGCGUCGAAAAAAGUACCACGGUAUCAUCACCUAGAGAAGAAGUACUUGACGAACAAAAUAAAAAGAGACAGAGAAGAUCCAAGAAAACAUUAGGAUCUAUUAAGCAUAGAAGCGCGUUUUUUUAG